GUCAACCCACAGGGCGAGCCAACGCAAGGAACCCUGAAAGAGUAUUUCUAAAGAAAUCCUUAUUAUCUCAGUACAUCCUCCAACAAAUUUAAACUCAAUUCCAACCCAAAAUCACAAUGGCUGAAGAACAAAACGAAUCCGCUGCUUGGCCCGUCGCCGACAGCACUCUCUCCCAAGAGAUCCUCGAUCUCGUUCAACAAGCUCAACAUUACCGUCAAUUGAAGAAGGGAGCCAACGAGACCACCAAGACCCUCAACCGUGGUAUCAGCGAAAUUGUUAUCCUCGCCGCCGAUACCGCCCCAUUGGCCAUUCUUCUCCACCUUCCUCUUCUCUGCGAAGACAAGAACACCCCUUACGUUUACGUACCAUCCAAGACUGCUUUGGGACGUGCAUGCGGUGUCAGCAGAGCUGUCAUUGCAGCAAGCAUCACCACCAACGAGGCAUCCGACUUGAUGGGCCAAAUCAGAAGCUUGAAGGACAAGGUCGAGAGACUCCAAAUCUAAGCCCUGGAUUGGAUAGUACAUUGACCGGCGCUACACCUUAACUGCGUGAUGGCGGCAGGCAUUGGUUUAGGAAGAAAAGAAUCUAUGAGUUGAGGAUAGGCAAGAAAUCAAACUUGUACACAUAAUUACAGGUUACAAAUACAAAUCCAUGACUGAGAAACAGACUCAAAAAUGUGAUGACUUUGACAUUCUUGGUUCUUUUUCAUUUCCAUCAUCGAUUUUCAAAUGAGGCAUCGAUUAAUUUUU